AGCAAAACAAAAUAACACGAAUAACGUAAACGUAAUACGGUCUAGCGUUAAAAACAUAUGGCCGAAAUGUAAAAGCCGGUGCCGGGACAAGUGUUAGUGUUGGUGCGGCUAUAUAUUGUUAAGCGUGGCGAACAUCUGAGCGAAGACAUAGAGGCGCUGUUGUCAGGAAAGAAAAAAAAAAACGUCUGCACAUCUAAAACCGUCAAAUACAUCGUCAUACUAAGUUGCCACAAAGAGAUACAGACACUGAUUCGCCGUGUUGCAAUUGCAGAUAGAAAGACAAUUUGUUUAUUUUGGAUAUCAAGAGUGAAAACAUUUUGCCGUCAAUGUCACAAGAAAUGUCGUCAGCAACAGCAUCAAAAUUGGAUGAAGCACCAGUUCGAAAUGACAAAAGCUGCAACAAUGUUGCGUAAAUGAGAUGUUGCCAACGGGGUUGAGAUUACACAUCCACAUGUAGCGGAGGUGACAUACGACAACAUUUCAACGUGACAUAGUGGCAUUUUAUAGCGCCGCCAAAUCAACAAAGACGGCUGCUCGGCCGAGGCAGACAUUGGAACAGUGUCACUGUCACAAUGGAACACAAACAGAUGCCUAAAUGAGCCCCCAACUAUACAAAACGUUUCGUUUCCAUUUAAAAUUAGCAUCGCCACCAGAGACAAGCGGACAAACCGAAAGAGUUGUUCACCAGAACAUGCCCAUGACCAUCCGCCCUCCUCCUUGUCAGAAGAAUAUCACUUUGUGUGUAUAUGUGUCUCCGGCAUGUUGUGUGUGUGUAAAGAUUAAAUGAGGGAUUUGCAACGAUAUGAUAUCCCCUGGAAAACAACCGGAUAUGCUAGGUGUCACGACGAAGCCUAACGAAUUGCAGACAUCAACUCGCGUCGACAUUCCGAGUGAGUUGCCAACCCAAUUUACGCGGACAUCAAAUAAAUCAACGCCACCAUCAAAUGGAGCGGAUUUAGACGUUGGAGCUGCUGUAUAUCUGAAUGUUAAAUGCCAUUGCAGUAGAGCGAACGACGAAGAUUUGGAAUUCAAUUCUCAGGGUCUAUAUUGCAUACACACAGUUCAUUGUUAUGAAUUACCAAUGAAGUUCCGAUUCUUGCCAAAUUCGAUGGCGUCUAAGGGCAACCAUGAUUCGUCUGAUGAAAAAUAUUUAGCCGAUGAAAAACGCUGGUGGCCUCCGCCGAUAUUUAUAAUCUUUAUAUCGCUAUUGGAAAUUGGAGUUUUUAUUUACGAUUACGCAACAGUGAAGCCGCACAGUGAACUGAUUAGCACCAGUAUUCCGAGUGAAUCGCUGCUGAUUUAUCGACCCGAUCGCCGACAAGAGAUAUGGCGCUUUUUCACAUACAUGACACUGCAUGCAAAUGGCUUUCAUUUGGCUUUCAAUGUCAUCGUUCAGCUGCUCUACGGACUGCCGCUCGAGAUGGUACACGGCUCCGCACGUAUUGCUGUCAUUUAUAUGGCCGGCGUUCUAGCCGGCUCACUGGGCACCAGUGUCAUUGAUUCCGUGGUGUAUUUGGUGGGAGCGAGCGGUGGCGUCUAUGCCUUACUGGCAGCUCAACUGGCAAAUGUCAUGAUUAAUUUUGGCCAAAUGCGCUAUGGCGCCUCUCAGCUAAUGGCUGUAUUAAUAUUUGUUUUUUGCGACACUGGCUAUGCGUUCUACAGUAAAUAUCUCACAGCAGAGGCAAUGAAUCUCAUACCAUCAGUGUCGUAUAUAGCCCAUUUGACUGGAUCCCUGGCCGGUUUCUCAAUUGGCCUCUUAGUCUUAAUCAAUUUCGAACACAAAUCUCAAACGAAUUUAAUACGAUGGCUGGCCUUUGGCGUCUAUGCGUCAUUUGUUCUGUUUGCAAUUGCAUUUAAUCUCGUCAAUACGAUUACCGCUCAAAAACUCGAGGAGGAAGGUGAAGUUAUCAAACAACAUUUGCUGCAUGAUUUGGGUAUCUCUUAAAAUCCAAAGGAUUAGAUGUCGCUGAUGCGACUGCAACUUGUACGCAUUACCAAAUACUCGCAUAAUAAUCUAUGAUAAUAUAUCGACUUCAAUGGAAGUCUAACCGCCUCAAGGUAUGUCGAUGACUGACAAGUGUUCUUGUGGUCAAGCCAAAGACUGAAAAAAAUGAUUAACAGAAAACAAUAAAUACAACAUUAACAACGCAAAUUUAUGAAAAAAGAGCACAUACCUAACUAUGACAUAACUCAAAUUGUUUUCGUCUUUAGUAAGUAGUUUUAAUAAUUAUUGUAAUCUUGGCAACGCUGAUACAAAUGUGACAAAUCCUGACUCAAUUCAUUCUUUUGUAAAAUAUAUUCUUCUUUCAACGAAUUGCAGGAUGAAAGAAAACUGCGUCGACAUACUGUGUGCAAAAUUCUCAAAUUCUCAAAAACAUAGUUCCACAGCUGUAACUUCGACAG